AUGUGCCUUUGCAAAGAUGCUAAAUUAAAAGAGCACAAGGGUCCAGAAACGCAAUCCAGAGGAUCAUCUGCUGAUAGAGUUAACGUGAAAUCGAUGGAAUCAUCGACUGACAACCUUGAUAUCGACAAGUUGCAACAGGAUCUUGAAAAUGAAAAGAAACUCAAAGCUGAGCUGGCUGAACAAUUAGAAAACUUGACAUGUAGCAUGAAAUGCUUGAAAUCAGACGGAGAGCAGCAAGCUGCUUGCUUGCGAGAUGCUUUGGCAAAAUCAGAGGAACAAGUGAAACUGGCUGUUAGAUCACGAAACCUAGCUAUGGAUUUGGCAAAACAAUCCAGAGAUCAUUCAGAUAUGAUAAAGACUAGUAAAAAUGAUUUGGCAGCUGAAAUUGCAAUUUUAAAACAACAAAAUAUAAAACUAGCUGAAGAAGCUGAGAAAAAUUCUACAUUAUCCAAACAACUGGGUCAGACAAUAUGUGAUAACACAAAACUUGCUUGCGAAUGCAAAGAGUUGAAAUUUAAAUUGAAAAAUAUGACUGAAAAUGAAGCAAAGAAAUGUGCAGAGGUUUCGGAAGAGGUGAAUAAAAUAAAAAGUGCAGUGCAUAAGAAAGAGGAAGCUCUAAAUACAGAAAAAAACGAAUAUGAGGAAAUGAUCACAGAGUUAACAAACGUAGUUAAAAUACAAAAGAAACAAAUAUGCGAAUUGAGUGGGGUCUGUAAUCAGCAACAGAUUCUAUUGCAAAAAAAGGAUACAUGCAUUUCUGAAAAGGAUACCCAACUGUGUGACCAACAAUGUAAAUUUAAGACAAUGGUCUCCAAAGUGAAAGAUCUUAAAGUAGAGCUUGAAAAUUUGAAAUGUUCCUUUGCUGAAGAAACGCAAAAAUGUAACACGUUGAGAAAAGAAGUAAGUGAUAUGAAGGAUGAUCACCAUUGUGAACUGAGAAUUAAAGAAAAAAUGAUAGAAGAUCAAAGUGACACAAUCAGAAGAUUGAAAAAAGUAAAUGAUACCAAAUAA